GCCCCCAGUCAAUUUUCUCAGUCAGCCUGCACCGGUUGCUUAGUGCGAGCACCAACAUGAAUAACGUGGCACAUUCCGAGAAACUGCAUUUUGAUACCAAUGCGAUCCAUGCUGGUCAAGAUCCCAAUCAAUGGACGUCACGGGCCAUCAUUCCGCCGAUUUCAAUGUCAACUACAUUCCUCCAGAAGUCGCCGGCGGAUCAUUAUGGAUUUAAGUACUCGCGCUCAGGAAACCCUACAAGGAACUGCCUCGAAGCAUGCUUGGCGGCAUUAGAACAUGCAGAAUAUGGCCUUGCGUAUUCUUCGGGAUUGGCCGCCACGCACAAUGUAACACAACUGCUCCAAAUUGGCGACCACAUCCUCAGCUUUGAUGACUUGUACGGAGGAACAAGCAGGUUGUUUCGAACGUGUGUCAUGCCCCGUGGCAUCGACGUUUCAUUCGUGGAUUGCACGGACUUGAAGAAAGUUGAGGCGGACCUCAAACCAAACACAAAAUUAGUCUGGAUCGAGACACCGAGUAAUCCAUUGAUGAAAGUUGUCGAUAUCAAGGCCGUGUGCAACAUUGUAAAGCAGAAGUCCAGCGCCCUCGUCGCAGUGGACAAUACGUUCAUGUCUGCUCAUUUUCAGAAGCCCUUGCUCUUAGGUGCAGAUAUUGUACUUCAUUCCCUUACAAAAUACAUGAAUGGUCACUCUGAUGUGGUGAUGGGUGCCCUGUGUACGAACCACAAGGAUGUUCACGAAAGGCUGCGUUAUUGCCAAAAUGCUACUGGAGCUGUACCAUCUCCAUUUGACUGUUUCCUCGUGAACCGAGGCUUAAAGACUCUUCAUGUCCGAAUGGAGCGUCACAUGCAAAACGGCCUUGCUGUGGCACACUAUCUGGAGAAGCAUCCCUCGGUCGAGAAGGUCCUUCAUCCAGGUCUCCCAUCACACCCCCAGUAUGAAAUUGCCAAGAAACAGUGCUCAGGAUUUAGCGGUAUGGUGUCCUUUUACAUCAAGGGAGGAUUGAAAGAAGGAAAAGAUUUUCUCAGCAACCUCAACGUAUUUUCUCUCGCCGAAAGUCUCGGCGGCAUCGAGAGCCUGGCAGAACUUCCAUCAGUAAUGACGCAUGCAUCUGUACCUCCGGACCAAAGAAAAGAGUUGGGGAUUACCGAUAACCUUGUCAGAUUAUCCGUAGGAAUCGAACAUAUUGACGACCUGAUACAAGAUCUUGACCAGGCACUGAAGAAAGCUGUGAAAUGAAAUAGAUGAAAUGAAAGCAUAAAUGAAAUGCUAUGACUGACCAGUAACACCAAAAACUGAGUGAAUUCCAUGCGGUAUUUCACCCGCAACACCUGUCCCUGUCUCAGAAUUCGUCAGGUGGAGCUGGAGGCUCGUCACCAUCUGGAAAAAGCAGGAUAUAUAUACAUACAUAUAACCAAACUUUUCUACAGUCAAAUCGCAACAUGUGUCAUUGUGUUCAAAUCUCACGCGAUUAUAGAGAGGCUUUCAAACUAAAAACGGUUCGAUGAAGUGAAUAUAUUGAAAUAUACCACAUGCAAAUAAGUGACAGCUGCACUCUAAGAAAAAGGGAGUAAAAUGGGGAGUAACUGCAGCUUCUAGUCCCAUAGACUGCAAUUACUCCCGAUUUUGAGUCCCCUAACCCCGACAUUACUCCUCAGGACUGCAAAUUGUCACUGAACUUCACAAAUGGUCUUCCGAAUGCAACAGUCUAUGUAAAUAUGUGCCCUUGGUCAAUUUGGUAGCAUAACCCUGUAUAACUCAGCCAACGUAGCAAUUUUCCAGCCACACAGAGUAAGAAACAGUUAGCGCUUCUUUCUU